AUGUGCUUGCGUUGCUAACUGCAGCUCCUUACCAGAGACAAAUAAAUACCAGCGUUCAUCCUCGUAUUCUCAACUCUUGGUUGCGCAUUUCGCUAGCGAGGUCACAUGGCGUUGUCGUCGGAGCCGGAGCCGCCGUUCCGUCCGAGGGAGAAGAUCGUGGAGAAGCAGAGGUACUUCCAGAGCGUCCACAGGCCGACGUACCUCAAGGGGCGCUACGACGUGAUCACCUCCGUCGCCAUCCCCCUCGCGCUGGCUGCGUCGAGCAUGUUCCUCGUUGGGCGUGGGAUCUACAACAUGGCUCACGGCAUUGGGAGGAAAGAAUGAGGAUUCAGAGAUCGGAUGGCAUAGCUUGUACUCAUGUUGUGUGCGUACCUUCGCAGAAUGGAAACGUAGACGUGUUUGUUCCCGAUGUCGCCUGUUUUAAGCUGCAUCGCUUGUACGUAGGUACCUUUGCGGAAUGGAAACCAAAAACUAAAUGAACUUCAGUUUCACCAAAA